AUGAGGGAGCGAGAGUCACAGCCGCCCGUCCUUCCACCGCCUCCUGCCUGUAUGCAGCAGAAGCCGCCUCUCCCUGCUGAGGUGAUGCGGGUUUGGAGGCGGGACGCCCCCGCCCACCCCCACCCCACCCCCCUCCCGCGGCGCAGGCCUGUCCGCCCGCCCGACUGCCAGCGCGCCGUGCGGUGCGGCCGUGCGCGUAGCGGGGCGCGGAGUAUGGCGCGGGCGGCGGCCGGGCUGCGGCUGCGGCCGCCGCGGCCGGGGCUGCUGUUGCUGCUGCUGGGCGGCCUCCUGCUGCGGAGCGGCGGGGCGGCGGGGGCCGGGGCCGAUCCGUGCCAGGCGCCGCGGCAGUGGGAAGGGCGCACGGUGACCUACGAUCACAGCACGGGCCGUAACACCCGCGCCGCCGUCUCCUACGACGGCCCCAACCAGCGCCUCCGCAUCCUGGAGGAGAGGAAGGCCCUUAUUCCCUGCAAGAAAUUCUUUGAGUACAUAUUGCUCUACAAAGAUGCAGUGAUGUUUCAGAUUGAACAAGUUACAAAGCUUUGCUCAAAGAUUGCUCUGACAGAGCCAUGGGAUCCAUAUGAUAUUCCUGCCAAUUCAACUUAUGAAGAUCAGUACUACAUUGGGGGACCUGGAGAUGAAGUUAUGGUACAGGAAUGGUCUGACAGAAAACCAGCCAGGAAAUUGGAAUCCUGGGUCGGCGUUUACACAGUCAAAGACUGUUACCCAGUACAGGAAACCUAUACGAAGAACUACAGUGUGACAACCUCCACUCGCUUUUUUGAUCUCCAGCUGGGCAUUGCUGACCCCUCAGUGUUUACCCCACCCAGCACCUGCCAGACAGCCCAGCUAAGGAGGAUGAAAGAUGAAUGCUGAUUACGGACACUGGCUGCCCUAGGAAAACAAAUAUUAAACAAGGGGAUGGUUAUUUGUAGUCAGCUGCUGAUGUCUUAACCUGAUUUUUCAAGCUUAUUGUUGAUCCUUCGGGAACAGUAAGUUUUCACUUGGAAGUGUAUGUAAACAUUUAGCUGAGUAAAAUAUGUGACACAAAAAAAUCUCUUUCAUCACAUCUGUCUACUCAGUGAUGCACUUGCAGUAUUAUAUAGUUACCGUUAUGGUAGUGUUUAUAGAUACUAUUUAUUUAAACUGUGGCUGAUUAUCCUUUUUGAAAGGUUUCAUUAUUUAUUUUUUUCAAGAAGACAAAGCAUAAAUGGUAACAUCUAGAAGGAAAAGCUAGAUUUUAUUUUUGUUGUUGUUGCUUCUGGGGACUUGAGUGAAGCAAAAAUGUGUCCUGAGUAGGACCUCAUCCCUAACUGAAAAAUGCUCUGUUUUGAACAAUGCACAUCAAAAGUAAGGAAAUUCAUUCUUUGGUUUUGUUUUGCUUUGUGGUUUUUUUGUUUGGAUGGUUGGUUGGUUUUGUUUGUUCCUGCUGUUCAGGAAGCUGGUAGUCUAAUGUUUAGGAUGUUUUUUUAUUUCUUUCUGAAAAGCUGCUGGAGUACCUCUAUUUAUGCAAUGCUAGCUGACAUACAGAAAAUACUUUUCGGUUUCUUGGAAGAAUAGCAUGAAAGGAAGGAAAGGUGAGAGGGAGACCUCCCCCAGAAAUAAAGCCAAAGUUUUCUUAAAUUCAUUACACUUUUUGUGCAGUAGAGUGCAGUGAGACAUUUUUCAGUCAUUUUACCUUAGCAUCCACUUUUCAAGGCAUUGCUAUUUGUUACCUAUGCAAAGUGAUUGAGUGAUUAAGAGGUACUGCACUCUAAAUGGCUUCAAUAUUUUGUAACUAUUUCCAAAAGCCUUUCCUUACUCAAAGGGUAUGAAAAUACCUUUAAAAUCCCAGAUAGAAGUGACAAGAAGCUGUUCUUCAUGCAUAAUUAGUAAAGACUUAAUCAGUGUUUACAAAGUUCCUGGCCAUCUGGACCUAAGGAAAGACAGAGCUGUGUGACCAGUGGGAGGAGGUGGGAGAAGAAAUAGGAGGGAGAGGUUUUAGAUGUCUUCUGCCUGGUGUGAUUUCAAGGCACUUCAAUUGAAGCAGAAAUGACAAUCUUGCUUUCUUUUGCACCCACUCCAAUGAUGCCUGCCAUAUUUGCUGUUCAGCCAGCGUUUCAAAACUUAUCAUCUCCACAUCCUUUCUGGCAGGAAGAGUUUCUUAAGGAAAAUAAAUAACUAACCAAAACAAGCACAGGGAGUGCACAUAUUUUGCUUUAGAAAAAUCAAACCAAAUCUUGAUAUGCCUUCAAGCCCUCAGAUGUGUGGCAUGGUGAUGAGGUUUGCAUUUUUACCAGUAGAAAUUUAUUCUCUUAUUCUGUAAGUCAAGGCAUGCAUUUUAUUUAUUAUUUGCAAAUAUGUUUAAAGCCAGAUUCUUGUCCUCUUACACAUAUGGCAUAGCUUUUUGCUCCAGAACUUGUCUGCUUGAAAGCAGUGCACCACUGGGAAAUUUGGUGUCUCUGUAGGUGAGAUGCUAGGCAGGCAUUUAGUGCUUUUUAUGUAAGUGAGUGGUACAGUGAUUAUUUCACUUUUACAGUUGUGGUCAGAAUGGCAUUUUGCUUUGCCUUGUGCCUGCUGAAAGCAUAUACACAUACCUGCUAAAAUGUAGGUAGCUAAUUUAAACUUUUCUGUCAGACAUGACUUAUUUCAUUGAAACAUGCUGCUGGAAAGAGGGACUGGGUUUCCUUGAAUUUAGAAUGCAUUUAGUCUGUACUCGCCCUCUGUAUUUUUUUGUGACAGUCUAAAUGCUAACUGCAUAUUGUUCUCAUUAGGGCAAUGAUUAAAAUGCAUUUCUUAAUAUCAGUGUCUUAUUAGAAUCUGGAAAACAUAAUAAAACUGGAUAGCAAACAUGAAGCUGUUUGGGGUGACUUUGUUGUGGUGGAGGAGAUAGCUGAGUAAUCAGGGUGUUUGAAUUAUGUUUUGCUGACAGUGAUACCAUUUCUAGCAAUAACAUUAAAAGUUCCUUUAAAUAUGAAUUUGCAAAAGUCUGGUACACAGAAGUGCUUUUAAAAUGUUGCUGUAACCUACAGGGCAAUUUUAAACGCCUAGAUAUGUACCUCUAAAACAAUGCUGUUGUCUUCUUAUUUAUGCUCUGCAAAAAUAAAGAGUUUUAAAGAGAUGCCAAACAA